UUUCCGAGCACCAUCCCGCAUCAACCAUGACGGUCCAGCCGCAACUCGACUCGCUUCAGACGUCCGUGGACGGCGGCAUCCAAGAAACCCAGACCUACUUGGCCAACUUGCAAGCACGCAUUGCCGAGUACGAUUCGCAAUACCAAGUUUCGGAAACCGCGUCGUCGUACUUGCAAACAGCGAUUGACGCUGCGAACGCUGCCGUCGACGACUUGAAGAAGUCGGCGACGUCGCUUCGCACGACGACCCUGUCGGCUGCCCAAAAGCCUGUAGAACUUGUCCAACAGGCGCUUGCUCAAGUGUCGCAGUCCCUUGUCGUCAUCAAAGAACACGCCGCUACGUACGACACCAAGUUCCAGCUGGCUGUUCAUGAUGCCCGUGGAAACUUGGAAACUUUGACGGCGGUCACGCGUCAACGCACCACGGAUGCGAUCCAGCAAGCGUCGGAACAAGCCACCAACGUCCAAACUAGGUUGGCGUCCACCGCGCAUGGCGUGGGUACCUCUGCCAUCGCCUAUGCUGGCGGUGUCGUGCAAAAGGUGGAAGCUAUGGACCAAUAUUACCACGUGAGCGAAAAGCUUCAAGACACUGUUGCGCUGGCGACGGGAAAGGCCAAGGAAUUGGAUGCUACGUACCAAGUGACCCAGCGCGCUCUUGACUUGGAUACCCAAGUCACUGGUGGGUUUGGCGCUCGCACGUUGAACAGCGCGACCGAAUUGGUACAUUCUGGCCUGGACUACAUCACGGGCAGCCUGCAGUACGCCAAGGACGUUGCGACGUCGUCCAACCAGCCCAUGACCACGACAGUCCCGACCCUCGAACCCGUCAGCGCAUCGGUCGACGACGUGCGUGUGAAGACGACAAAGACUGGCGCCGUCGAAGUGCACGAAGAAGUCGUCGAAGACGCCCAGUAGAUGGGAUCCUUUCCUCUAAGUAUACAUAUAUAUUUGAACAUCCCCCCACCUUUCUUGGGUCGAUGCAUCA